AACCAGCAGCCUGAGGGAGAGACAAUGUUUGCGUGGACCCUGCAAACAGAGCGUCUGCUGCUUUAACACUAUCACUGAGUGUAUGUAGUGAUGCAGCAUGAGGUGAUUUGAGAAGUUUGUGUUUAAUUUAGAUUAGAGUAACACGUUUUGUCCGCCCGUGCAGCGCCUGUGUAGGCUGCUUACGCCCAAGUAUUGGCCGCUGUGGACGCUUAAACGUUUUAACACCACGUACCACCUGACUCCCUGGAGCCUCACCAGGGUUUGGGUUUUGAUCCGGUCUCAGUCACCUGACACACGCACGCACACACGCGCGCGCGGCUGUGCUCCGAGGCUCAGCUCCAGCUCGCUCGGCGGUGGUGCGAAGACGCUCCAGUCCGUCAUUUCAAGGUUAUCUCCCGGAGCAGCGUCGCUUCUCGGCUCCGAUGGGGAUCCUGGUCGCCGCAGUCUUUCUUUCGGUGGCAGUCGGAGUGGGAAGCCGACCGGUAACAUCACCUUUUACUGAUGCCAAGGUUGAAUGUAUAAUUCAGGAGACACUGAAUGAGGACGGGGCGCAACAUGACUGUGACCCACAAUUAGCAGAGGAGCUUGAGGACGUCCAGCGGCAUCGGGGUUUGCUCCGGGAGCUGCAGAACUUGGCUGAUGAUGAGAGAGAAAGGGAGGAUGAGGACGAGCAGGAGAAGGAGCGUUAUGAAUACUUGGCUAACAACGAGAGUGACUUCAAGCAGAGUGACACAGAGGAGGAUGAGGAGAGCGAUGACACCGAUCGUAUGAAAAACAGAGACAAGACAGAGGAGGAUGACACCAAAGACAAGAUGAUGGAGGAGCCACGGAUUGAAGACAGGGAAACAGACGAUGAAGAGGAGAGAGCCAAGGAGCUGGAGGAGCUGCUGGCUGAAGAGAUCACCAACAAAGGGAACAAUGAGAGGAAUGAUGAAGAGCUGAAGGAACUGUUGAAAGAGCUGAAAAAGAAGAGGUAUGAGGCCGUGAAGGAGAGGGAGAAUCUGAAAACCUCCGGAGUGGAACAGAAGCAGGAUGUAGAAGAUACGAAAGAAAAGAAAGAGAAUGAAGGAGAAACAGAGGAGGACUUAGAGAAGCAGAAGGUUGAGGAAAGGAGGAAGAAAGAGUUGGAGCUAAUGGUGGAGAAGGAGAAGGUGGAGAAGGAGCUCAAAGAGCUGCUGAAGGAGCAGGACAGCAACAGCAAGCCAGAGCAGGAGAGGGAGAGGAAGGAGAAGCAGGAGGAGCUGGAUGAACUGGUGCGGAAGAUGAAGCAGGUGCAGGAGGAGGAGCAGGAGGCGCAGGAUGGGAGGGGGAAGGACGCGACGGAGGAGGGACAGAGCGAGGCGCGGGCGGGCGACGGAGGCACGGAGACGGCGGAGGCCGCGGGCGUGAAGGAGCCGCAGCAGAAGAGAGUGAUGGAGAAGGCGAGCGACGAGGCCACGCAGCAGUUUGAGCGGGAGAGGAUCAAGGAGCAGGAGGAGGAGGAGGAGGAGGAGGAAGAUGAGGACGAAUAUGUCAGAGAGGAUGGAGAGGGGCGAGAGGAGGAAGAUGAGGAGGAGGAGGGUGACGAUGAAGAUGAGGGAGAGGAGCUGCUGGAGAUUGAAGCAGAGCUGCGCAAAGUUGCUGCCGAGCUGAGAGAGCUUCGCAGAGGAUAAGAGCCACGCUGUCGGACCGUCAGACCCCCUUUGUUGCGCUCACAAUCACACAUUUCCCACGUAACAGCCUUCCAAUCCCCACAGCACUCGGAGACGCGGCGCCAGACGCGACCCUGCUGCGCUUUAGCGGUAGAAAACUGUACAUAGCUGUUUUUUCCCCCUCAGCGUCUCGGCCGCCCGGAGAGCGAGGCAAACGGAGGCGCCGCGCGUCCGUCCCUCGCGCUUGCGUGUCGGUAGCCGGAUGCGCGGGUGAUCUGACUUCAGCCGCAGAUCACCUUGAUUCAAAUGUAAAUUUCGACAGCCGAUCGCUAAACACAACAUCGCGCCAUCGCCAUGGAAACGUAAGUCAUGAAUACAGGCAAUCAGUGCUCCGUGAUCUUAGAUUGUGUGUUUGGUGGGAAAAGCCGAUUCCCCACUAAAACGUAAUUAUAUGUAUUUGAGCAUAUAUUUUGUGCAAUAACGAAUAACUUAGGUGUAUGCUGUUCCGACUGUUAACGAUAUUCCUGAUAUUUGUACGUAGGAGUAGAUCUGAAGUAGAAUCAAGGAUUGUGUUUCAUUUGGCUCAUGCACUGUUAAAAACCUGACUGUUUGCGAUGACCCGGGGUGACACGAACACAACACGGAGGCGGUUUCCUGUAAUUCAGCACAGAUCCAGAUGUGGAGUUUGUCUGGAUCCUGUACAAGGUCUAAACGUGUCACUUCAGGUUCUCAGCCCGCUUUGCACUCUUAUCUUAACAAGCCAAGGACGAGUCACAGGAAGAGGGAGACACUAAAGCCAUCCUGUUGUCUUUCAUUGACAGUGACGAGCACGUUGUGAAUUAUUCAGUUGUGUUACAUCAGUUUUCACGACUGUCGUACCGUUUGUGUAAAUAGCGAAUAUUACGGUCUGUAGGCCAAGGUGCAAGGUACAUGUGAUGCAACGGCGCCCCCGCGAGGACAUUGGGUAGAAGUGCACUUUGUGCAGGAUUCACAGGGUUAUCACUGGAGGUCCACUUAGUUGCAAUAACACAAUGUAGACUACUGCAAAUUUGAAUGCAAUAAUAAGCCAAAUAAUGGAUAAUUUUAUGUAUAUUAUUAUGUAAUCAAUGUGCAUCAUGUAGUAGGAAAUAUAACCACUCUUUUUAUCUGAUACAUCCAGGAUUUACAGUACAUUUGCUGUAUGUAAACAAACAUUGACAAAGUACCUGAUCGAUAUUUAAAAAGAGAAUUAUAGUUAAUACUGAUGAGGCCAUUAUUGUCUGCUCCAAAGAGGAAACGUUUGCUCACUCAGAUGAAAAAUGAAUGUACUGCUAGUGUCUUUUUUUGUAUGGGAGCAAAUCGUUUUUUGUGUUUAACAAAAACCAGCAAGAAAGAUGCAGUGGGAGAAACACUGAGCACAGAGGGCGUCUUAAUCGGCAGUGGAGACAGAGACACCAUUUGUUAUUGUACCGGCCAGUCAGAGUGCUGUCGUUCGUGCCUGCUGUGUUUUCUUCUAUGCUACCUGUCAAUCAAUAAACUGGAAGUGUAUUAAA